AUGGAUCCUUACGAUAGUGACUCAUCUGGCAUAGAUGAAGAACUUGAUGACUACACCGAAACAGGUGUUCUUCUUGGAUAUGCUUCUAAGGAAGAGCUCAGUGAUACUAUAAGCCACUUAGGUGGAUGGCCGACAUGGCUUGACCCCGCGACCCCUCCUCCAGGAGAUUUCGCCAAAUGCAAGAUUUGCAAUGACCCGAUGCCCCUUAUCCUACAACUAAAUGGAGACCUACCCGAACACUUUGCGCACGAUGAGAGAUGGCUGUAUAUAUUCGGUUGCGUGAGGAGAACAUGUAGUCGCAAAAAGGGAAGCGUACGCGCAUUGCGCGCCGUGAAGAGACAUAAAACCGUCGAAGACAGAGAAAAAGUAUUCGAAAAGCAAAAGGAAGAAGCGCAAAAUAAACCGAAACGAGAUCUGGGGGCUGAUCUUUUCGGCGUGAAACCAACUUCCAGCACGUCAGGAAACUCCAAUCCCUUUUCAACUGGCGCAGGAACCAGUGGUGCCAACCCAUUCGCUUCACUGCCUACAUCAUCACUUGCGGCAGUAGUACCGCAAAAGCCAGAAGAGGAGAAGCUCCCCGAAACAUUCGCGCAGAAAGCACGCAUUUCAUCUCCUAUGCAACCAUCCACCAAACCCGCAGGACCACAAGCUCCCUGGCCAGAACAGUCUGCUUUCCCACCACCAUUUCCACAUUACUUCUUCGACGCCGAAUAUGAAGCUCUCUCCAAGGUAGAGGAGACAAAACUUCCAUCCAAUGUACAGAUAGAUACCCUCGAGACAGAAAACGACCCCGCAUCAUCUUCAGGCAAAAAGGAGUCGGAAAAGGACCUCUUCGAAUCCGCCAUGGACAAGUCGUUUAUUCGCUUUUCCACGCGCCUGGAACAUAACCCAGAACAAGUACUUAGAUAUGAAUUCCGCGGAACGCCACUAUUAUACUCGACGAGUGAUGAAGUGGGUAAGUUAUUCGCUUCUUCUGAGGGACAGUCGAAUGCGAAAGUGCAGACCAGUGGUGGAGGGAAGAGUAGCAUUCCACGGUGUGAGUCGUGCGGCGGGGAUCGUGUAUUUGAGCUACAGCUUGUACCGCAUGCAAUUGCUGUUCUUGAGGAAGGGAUGGAAGGAAUUGGUCUGGGACCGAAGGAUGAUUUGGGUAUGGAGUGGGGGACUAUUAUAUUGGGUGUUUGUGCGGCGGACUGUGCACCUGAAAAGAUAGGGGAGGCUGGAUGGCGGGAGGAAUGGGUUGGUGUGCAGUGGGAAGAAAGGCUAGUGUCUAAAUAG